AUGAAUACCCACAAUGUCUCCUCCGCCCCGGGCUGCAUCCAACUCCUCCAGCAACACAAAAAACGUCUUCAAGACGCCCAGUCUCGCAAGGGCCAGUGUCUCUGCAUACAAAGGCCUCGCGAUGAAACCAUUCUCGGGUUCAAUCUUCGUCGCGCGAAGAAUCAGGGCCGAUCGAGUCUAGAUCACAGCGUUCGGUCCUCCAUCAUCCCCCCAGCCUAUCACCCAUGCACGCGUUCUCUCCGCAAUCUGCAGCAGAUCAUGAUCAAGGAUCUACGAGUGGAAACUCAUCACCGCGAUACGUAUCUUCUGCUCCGAUCCGUGACACCGCCGGAUGAAAUGACGGCCAUUCUGGCCAUCGUGGAGGAUGAGAAUGGGGAUGUUCUCAUGCUGCAGCUUUACAACCAGGAUAUGGACCGCCCUGUAGAAGAGACUCUCCCAGAGGGAACGGCUUUGAUUGUGAAAGAGCCGUUUCUGAAACUGAUGUCGGAUGGCGAGUAUGGAAUCCGCGUCGAUCACGUUUCUGAUGUCAUAUUUCUGUCGGCUGUUGAUGAGCGAGUCCCUCUUUGCUGGCGGCCACAAGACAGUCCAAACUUCGAUGUGAGCCAUUGGAAGAUGAGGGGGGAUGAGCUCUGCGAUAGCGCCAAGUACCAACUUGCGAUUGAAUCCUACACCAAGGCGUUGGACGGCUUACCCAACUCGGAAGAAUCCACCAUCCUUAGACUCAGCCGAGCCUAUGCUUUGCUCAAAGCCCGCCGGUUCGACGAGGCGCUGCUUGACCUGAACUCUAUACCACAAACCAGUCCUUCUGCUGAGAAAGCUCUUGUAUAUAAGGUCCAAGCACUCUACAACCUCCAUCGGUACCGCGAAUGUCACCAAGUCCUCAGUUGUCUUGGUCCUGAAUCCUCGGACAACCCUGCGAUCAAGGACUAUCCCUCUCGUGUUCUCAGGCGUCUCGAGGAACAAGAGCAUGGGAAGUACCAGUUCAAGCCGAUGUACCAGGCCAGCAAAGCCUUUCCUCCAGAUUUAGAUCAUGCUACGUAUAUUGGCCCCGUGGCCGUCAAACCAUCUAGCGCCCGUGGACGCGGUCUCUUCACCACCGAGGCAGUCAAAGCCGGGGAUCUUCUAUUAUGCGAGAAGGCAUUUGCGCAUUUAUCUGCAAACCCAGAACAGGACAAGAAUGUGACGCUUCUGAUGAACAUCGAAACCGACACCAUGACCGUGGGAACACAAUCCGAUCUCAUCCGAGUGAUCACGCAGCGACUCUACCAGAAUCCUGCUUUGAUCAAGCAGUUCACAGAUCUCCAUCAUGGAUCGGACAGCCCAGUCAAUGUAUCCGAUGUGGAUGGGAAACCAGUUUUGGACUCAUUUCUCAUCACGCGCAUUGUCUCCCUGAAUGCAUUCGGCUGUCCGCCGUCCUCCCGGGAAUACUACCUAGCUGAUAAAGCCACAAGAUUAGAAACAGGGAAUCAGUUCCAUUCAUGCGGUGUCUGGCCCAACUCCUCAUACAUCAACCACAGUUGCGACAGCAACGCCCAACGGAGCUUCAUCGGCGACAUGAUCAUAAUCCGCGCCGCGAAGGACCUCGACGCCGACACCGAGAUCACCUUCUGGUACGCGACGCCCGACGUCGACGAUUUCGAAGCCCACCGCGAUAAAUUCCAGCACUGGGGCUUCCAGUGCGAUUGUAUCAUCUGCCAGGACUACCAAAACACAGACCCAACCAUCCUCGAGAAACGCCAAACCCUGCGAACAGAAGUCCGCCACUAUAUCCAAUCCACCCGGCAACCAGACCUCGCGAGGAUCGAGAGCACGGUGGCUUCAUUGGCGAGUACGUACAGUCGACCCGCGCGCGAGGUCCCGCGUCUGGGCAUUUGGGACGUGCAGUGUGUGCUGGCGAAGAAGUAUCUGCGACUGAACCAGCCUGUCAAGGCCACCGAGGCGGUGUUUGGAGCGCUAGAGUCCCUGGGCUAUGUUAUUCAGGGUGCAAAGAUCCCGGGUGCGCCGCUGGUGAUUAUGCAGUGGGGGUUUAUGGUGGAUCAGCUUAUUGAGGUCUGGCUUGUUCUGGCUGAGGCGUUUCAUACGGUCAGCCCAGAGCUUGAGGCGCGGGCGGAGAGGUAUGCGAGAAUUACUUAUAAGAUUUGUGUGGGUGAAGAUGAGACUUUUGAGGAUACCUAUAUUACGAAUAGUACAUAA